AUGUGGCGCUACCAGGGUAGGGCUCAAAACACGAGGAAUGGGUCGACUAUCCGUAUUGUCAACGUCGACAACUCGAAUCCGAUGCCCGAGUGCGAUAAAAGUCCUGGCCUCUGCACUUCCGUGGACGAGGUACAGCUUGACGUCAGCACGGCAUUGGGCAUCUCUCCAAAAUCAAGCAUCGACAUUGUGUAUUCUCGUGGUGUGACCGAUCAAAUCUUCAAUUUUCUGCUUAAUCAGACUGACGGGCCGCCCGACGUACUUUCCAUUUCCUACGGCGUUGACGUGGCUAAAUUGACUCACUCGCAGAUCAAGAGUUAUAAUCACGCGGCUGCUGCCCUCACGGCGGCCGGUACGACGAUUGUUGUUAGCAGCGGGGACGAUGGAGCGCGCGGACUGCUUAAGAACUCCGACAUUUGCGAGGCGUUGUCCGUCCAAAUUCCAGCCAUCCUCGAGAACGUUGUUGCUGUCGGCGCGACCCAGCUUCCCUUCCCACUCGCAUCCGGCGGCGGGGGGAAAGAGCAAGCGGCCACCUGCAGCGGCGUCGUCCCCUGCCCGGGCGACGAGGAAGCCGGUUGGUCCGGCGGUGGAUUCUUUGAUCGACAUUUUGUGGACGGCGUCAAGUGGCCCGAUGGGGACCUCGAGGCUAUCCCCAGCGUGCCCGAGUGGCAGAAAGAGGCGAUUCAAAACUGGAGCAUUAAAUAUCAGGAGGAGAUCAAACUACAGGAGUUCAAAGCAUUAUCGGAGGUGGAGCAGCAUGGCACCUCGGCUUCUGCUCCGCUCUUCGCGGCCAUGGUGGCCAAUGCCAAGGCAAAGCUGAAGCCGGAGCAACGCCUUGGCUUCAUCAACCGGGCUAUGUACAAUCGCCGCGAGUUGUUCAACGAUGUGAUGGAAGGCGGCAAUUCAAACGGGUUCCAAAUCGAGGAGAACUGCGCAGGCGUGAAAGGCGCCCAGUAUUGGAGCGCAGUAGAAGGCUGGGACCCGGUGACCGGCCUUGGAAGCAUCACUCAGGACAAUCUCCAAAUCAUCAUGUCUGGACAACAGCCUUAA